ACGUUUUUAAGUGUUUUUACUGUUUAACAUGAGUGGUUACACUGCGGGUAGUAUUCAGACAAACGAUCUGAAUGAGGGAGAUAAGGCAUCAUGCAAUAAUGGUUCCAAUGGAACAGUUUGUGGUGAAUCAGAAUCUCUUGGUAUACUAGAGCAAUUCCAGAGAUUGUACGCUGAGAGACUGAAGAGGCUCGACGGUGACAGUGAGCUUGCUAUGCAUACUCUCAAAUCAUGGGUUCACGACCUGACUGAGCAAAAUACGAUGCUUGUACGUACUGUAGAGGACCUGGAAAGAGAAUUGCUCAAGAGAGUCGACUUGAUGCACGAACAGCUCCAAAAAACAAGCUUGGUAAUCAAACGCAAUGAACAUCUAGCCAAAAGAGAGAAGAGUGAAAUUGAACUGAAUCUUAGGCAACAAGUUCAGCAUCUUCAGGAUGACAUUUCUAGUUUACUGGGUGUCAUCAACCAAGCAAAUCAGCAGGGAUAUUGGUCUGUUGAUAAUGUGAAGCUUCACACUGUUAACAAGAACCUCCUGCCAACGUCUCCCAAGAGGACUGGUCAAGCACUUACUACUCCAGAUGCUGCUAUAAAUAACUCUCAGAAAAAUAUCAAUGGAGAUGUGGAUAGUCUUAAAAAUAUGUUAGCUGAUAAAGAUGCGGAAAUACUUAACUUGCUAGAACGAAUUGAAGAAAUGCAGGACAUUUUUACCUUGACUUCAAAGAGGGUGAAGCAAGCAGUUGAAACAGAACAAAAAUAUAUGCAAGAAAUAGCAUUAAAUUGUGAAACAGAAUGCGGUGAUUCACAAGUUGAAUGUACAUAUACAGCCACUCAGGAGAGUGAAAUGACUCCAUGGGUUCAAGAAAGAUUAAAACAGCAGCAGGAGCAAGUGUCGGCUCUCAUCUCCAGAGUUCGGGACUUGGAAUCAGAUUGUAAUGUGAUCAAAGCAGAGAGAGAUAGGUUGGCUGAAGAAGCUUCAAAACCUAUUCCUCCUCAAUUGUCCUCUGAUCCAUCAAUGGUUAAUCUGAGCAAAGAUCUGGAAACAACUCGCCAGCAACUUGCAGAAGCCACUAGGCAAGUCCAGCUUCUAGCUUCUUGCGUCAAGGAACUGGAAAAAAAAAAUUAUGAUACCAAAGCAGCACUCACUGUAGAAGUAGCUGAAAAACACGACCAGAUGCUAGAGCUUAGGAAAGAAGUUCAUCAGUUAGAUGAACAAGUGAAAAAUGCCAAUAUGCAGACCCAUUUUAAGGAUAACAUUAUACGUGAGAUGAGAAAUGAGCUAAAAAUUGCUCGAAGUAAGAUUUCAUGUGAGUCUCGAAGUGACUAUGAUAAUAAGUCUAGAAGAACAACUUUUCCAUCUAUCCCUGAAGCGAGUAGUAUCAGUGAUUCUGGUGUUGAUGAUGGUGAAAUUUCAUCUUCCUCUCAUUGUGUUCAAGGAGAGAUUGAUCUCCUUCGAUCACAGUUAGAUGAGCAGUUGAAACAGAUUUUGGAGAAAGAUCAAGAAGUCUGUGCACAGAAGAAAAGAGUUUCACACUUGGAAAAAGAACUUGCAGACCUUCAGAAGUCAAACAAACCUACUUCUGUGUCUAAGGGUCCAUCGAUAACUCUCAGGGAACUAGAGGAAUAUCGUCUCUGCACAGUGGAAGGGCAAGCUGCUGUGGAAGAAUUAAGGGAUGAAAUUGAAGCAAUCAUCAAUGAUUUGAAAAUUCAGGAAAGCAAGGUAGCAGAAAUUCAAAAAGUAUCAAGUUCUUCUAAAGAAAUUUUGCAGAGUGCUCAAUUGAAGCUGGCUGAGACUGAUGCUGCCUCUCUCCAGAAGACCCUUGGAGAGGCAAAGGACUGCAUUCAGGAGGUGCACCUCAAGGCAGAAGACUUUCUGAACGAGAGACGGGCUGGAGAGCAGCGCAGAGCUACGCGUGAACGGAAGGUCGACAAGCUCCAGGAGCAGUUGGACGCCUCGCAUGACAACAUGCGCGACGGCAUCGAGGCCAUGGAGCAGGCCCUCGCCGAGCGGUAUGAGGCGGACAGACUCAGCCAGAGAGAGUUUUCAGAUGGAUCUUCCUAUCAUAGCUGUAGAGACAGUGACAAUAGCAGCUGUUUAAAACAAGUAGAACGCUUGGAAGAAAGCAAUGCUGAACUUCUAAGCAAUCUGACUAUAAUGGAGCACCAGAAGCGCGAUGCUGAAGAAAAAGCUGCCCAGUGUUUACGAGAAGUUGAGAAAAUGAAAGAACAAAUUUCAAGAAGAUCAUUUACUGAUGAGCUAUUACACACCAAGGAUCAAACAAUAAAUGAACUUCAAGGAGCUCUUGACAGUACCAGACGUCAAAUAAGAGAUCUCCAGUCAGAUUAUGAACGGACAAUUAGAGAAAGAGACAGUAUAAAGAAUUUAUUGGAGCAACAAUCAAAUUCUGGGCCAUUACAAGUUGCAGAGCUCCAGUCAGAAUUAGCUAGAGUACGCAAUCAACUGUCGACCCUGAGCAGCAAGCAGGCUCUCAUUGAGCAGUAUGAAAGAAGGCUCAAAGAUUCAUCGGAUCAAGCAGAAAAGUUGAGUUCUCAGCUCAACUCAGUGGCUUUGAAUUUACAAGCUAAAGAAACUAUGUUAUCAAACAAGGAAGAAAUGAUAAAUAUUCUACAAGAUACAUUAGAUCGCACCCGUGAGGAGAUGAAAAUGCUGAAAGACAAAAGUGUGAGUAAAAGCCCCUUUGCUCUUCCUUGGAAGAAUGGAAAAAAGAAAACGGGCCCUUCCAGUUCCUCGGUAGAAAAAUCAGAUCAAGAUGAGGCUGCAGGAACCGCCAGUGGAGUGCCUGAUGAACAAUGGCAAGUUGUCCGUGACCUCAAGUUAGACCUUAGUGAAAUGCUGGUGCAGUAUCGAGACUGUUUCUCAGAGGUGUCGCGGCAAACACGUUGGUACCGAGACCUGCGUGAAGCUUAUCAAGAUCUGCGUUUGCACGCAGAAAAUGUCAAGCGUGAAGCCCUAUCAACUGUUAAUUCUUCUCAGCGGGAGGCUGAGGUGUUUCGAAGACAGUGCCAGGCUCAGAGUUUACAGAUCUGUCGGCUCAAAGAGCAGGUCUGGAAGGCUGAGCAGGGAAGACACAUAGCUGAAUCUGAAACAGAAGAGCUCCAGGGAAGGCUGGAAAAUUAUUCUCAACAGAUAUGCCAGUUCAAAUCACGGUUGGAAUCUUUACAAACUCAACUGAAAGAAACACAAGCGCGCAUGGAAAUGAGUGAUGAACAGGUAGAGCUGCGGGAGCUGAGGGAAUUCCGCGAGAAGUGGGAGCGGGCAGCGAGGUCCCUGGCAGACAUCGAUCAGCAGGACAAGGACUACUGGGCUGGCCUGCAAUGGUGUGAGUCUUCAGAGUCAGAGGACAGCCAGAAGCGGGAAGCGAGAAUAGAGUGGACUGCCGUGCGACAGGCCGCCAUGGGACUGCUGCUAGUCGAGGCCGGAAGGAGACGGAGAAGAGACGCGGCUGGGAGCGACGUCGGCGAGGCCGAGGCCGCGGACAACGCCGGCAAGGACUGCGAGUCCGGCAGCACCGACGAAGGCAGCACCAAGUCCCGCGACCAGGACCGGCACCAGGACCGCCACCAGGACCGCGAUCGUGAGCGGGACCCCAAGCCGUUCCCGGAGCCCCCACGUUGCGAAUCGCAGGGCCAACUGCAGGGCGUCUUGGAGGAGAACCAGCAGCUUCGGGACCAGCUGGGGCAGCUGCGGGCGCACAACGCGGCGCUGGCGUCCCAGUUGCAGGAGCAGUACGUGGAGUCGGCGCGCUGCCUGGCCGGCAUUUCGGCGUCCCUGGAAGACGACCCAGACACCGGCGGUGCGUUGGCUGCAGCGCGGAAGGGGUUGUACGACGUCCGCGAUCUCCGAGCUGGCAGCGCCAAGAGGUCACUGCCGACGCCGCGGCGAUCCUGGACGGGGGCUCUCUUGGGGCCGGCGGGGAGCCUCGGGCGCGCGAGCCGCGCCAGCAGCAGCGGCAGCAGCAGCAGUGGCAGGGGCGGUAACCCCCACGCCCGCCACACGGCCAGCCCCGAGGGCCCCGAGGGAGCGUUGGGCCUGGCGCCCUGGGACUACAGCGACCACGCCGACCUGUGCGACUCGGGCUUCUGGGUAUGUGUGACCAUGCGUUGCGCAACAUGGCGGUACACCCGAGGGUACACCGUACCGCCGUUCAGCCUUCGCCCGAUUGUGAUUGAAAUUUCGCACCGUGGAGCACUGCCUCGCGCGUCGCGGCCUCUGUCGCGCAACCCAGCGCAGUCGUCACAGAGCGACUGCGCUGGAAGCGUCGUCAUCGCGCUGCAGAGCUGCAAGAGCCCCUGUCAGGUGGCCGGGUAGGCAACGCGCUGGCAC